AUGAAAAGCCAGAAAGACAGAGUGAAACUCAAUGUUGGUGGGACAUUUUUUGAAACUACGGCCACAACCUUAGCGGGUGCUGGCAGGAAUUCAUUCUUUGGAGCCAUGUUUGAUGAGAAUUGGAACCUACAUUCUAAUGCGGCAAACACUGAACACUUCAUUGAUAGAGACCCUGAUUAUUUCGCCGUCCUUCUUAACCUACUAAGAACCGGGGAGCUUUAUAUUCCUCCGAAUAUAGAUAAAAAGCACCUAUACAGAGAGGCCGAAUAUUAUGGCAUUCUGGAUCAUGUUAGGUCAGCUAAAUGGGGCCCGUUUGAUGGCAAUAGGCUCCGGUUGGCCGGGUCUAUAACGGGCCCAACAAUAAGGGGAGCUCUUCGCUAUUUCGCCAAUUUUGAAUAUUGUUGUUGUGUGGUAUAUGGUCGUAUUGUUAAGGUGUACAAUUGGAUGCUAGAAGAGCAACCUACAAUAACUUGUGAUUAUUGUUGGGUCAAUGAUGUUUCUUGGGUUGAUUCCGAAAAUAUUGUGAUUAGUUCUAAUGCAAAGCUAGAUAGUGGAGGCAUGGGGUUAUUCAGUGCAUCCACAGGGGAGUUGAGGUAUAAAUUUCAGGUUACCGAUGAAAGAAAGGGGUAUACGCCAGGUGCACUAAGUUUUAGCUCGGAUUACAAGUUAUUCUCCAGUUGUAAAAGCACUAGCAAUAAGCAUGUGAUUGGUGUUUGGGACCAAGUCACAGGUAAGCAGAUGGAUUUCUUGCCACAUUCUUCGAAUAGUAAUGCUAUCAGGUUGCAAUGGUUACAUGGUACCAAUUGUUUGAUGGUCGCUAGUUGUUGUUGCAUCAACUUGUUCGAUUUUAGGAAAAACACGGUGGUUUUGUCGUGGUCUUAUGAUAGGGAUCGCGUGAACAAGCCUUAUGUUGAUCCAACAAACUUUAGAGACGUGAUAGCGAUAGAGGAGAGUAAUUCCAUUUGUGUAGUAGAUCUAGAUGAGCGUUUGGGGUUCAUGGAUUUGAGGAGUACUACUGAUGCAAGUGUAGAAUGGAGAGAACCUCCGAGGGGCAAAAAGCAUUCAUCAUUAUGGGCGGGUAAUAAGUUAUGUUCUCCCAAAUUGGCAUUUCACGAGGGACAAUUGUUUUCAUCAAUAUACGAUACAAUUUCAGUGUAUUGUGGUUCUAAUUGGCUUCCAAUAUCAGAGCUUCAACAAAGUCGUGUAUCCAAUUUAUGA